UGGUGAGAUGAUGAGGGACAGUGAUAGAAUAUCUAUAUUAUUGGUAUUGGCCUUUAAACAACUACUACAGUAUGAAAAUAUGCCUGAAUGGUUGGUGGUUGGUUUAAAACAACUAGAAUUGCCAGAAGUAGUAAAUGAAUUUAAUUUAGAUGAACUAACGAAAUCAGCAGAAACAUCAUCCGCUUUACUUAUAGUCCUCUAUUAUUCUUAUCUAUAUGAUUAUAUGAUGUGGUCACCUGUAUUAUUGAGAACAUAUUUAGAAACAUUUACUACAAACCACACAGAUUUAAAAACUUUACCUGUACAAUGUAUUAAAUGUUUAGUUCUAUUAUUGGCUUGGCUAUCAACAUCAUCAGAAAUCAGUUAUAGUAAUAGUUGUUGUACAAGAAGGUUAUUAGAUAUAUUACGAUCAUCAUCAAUAACUAACUGGUACACUCAUCAUCCAUGGAUAUUAAACUGGGCAUUUACUGAUGUACAGAUAACAGAAUGCUGUGGUGCUAGAAUAUUAGAAUUAUGGCUACCAACCUUAGUAGAAGAAAUAGAACAUGAUGAAGAGAAUAAUGGGGGUCGAGAAUCAGAGAAUUGCUUAUUACAUAUUCCUACAAUACUCAAAUAUCGUGAUACUUCUACAGUACUAAUAAGUUUAAUGGGAUCUGAGGACAAAGAAAUUUCUGAUUCUUCAAAAAACAUUAUUCACUGGAUAAUAAAUAAGAAUGAUGAAUAUGAAGAAAGUACAAUAGAUACAAUGACUAAACAUUCUACAGAUUUACUUCAUCAAUUAUUUAGACAAGAACAAUAUCCACAAGAUCAUCAGAUUAUAAAUGUGUUAGGAGUAUUAACAAAACUAUUAGAUAAUCCUAAACAUAAUGAUACUAUCACAAGAGGAGUAGUACCAACUCUUUAUCAUAUUAUAAAGAUGAUCGGACAAGAAGAAGAUAUAGAGAAUGAUAUAACAUCAGUUAGUUUACAAUAUAUACUCACUAUACUACAUCAUAAAACAGAUCUAGGACAUCUUGGUGUGACAGUAGCACCAAUGCUGACACAGAGUACAGAGUUUAUGAGUAAAUUAGAGGAAUGUGUGAAGUGUAAAUUAUGGAAAAUUAAAAAUAAAUCUCUCCAUAUAAUAACAUGGUUAGCUAUGUCACCUCAACACAUUAAUGUGACAUCAGUUAUUAGAAUAAAGACGAGUUAUAUUAUAGAGUUAAUAUCUACCUGUCCUACCUGGUGUAUUAUACCUACUCUACGUUUAUUGACUAUAGCGUUAUCUAUACCUGUUAAAAACACCCCAGUAGUAUUUUAUAGAGAGAGUUGUAUCGUAGAGGAACCAUUAUUUACUAAACGUGAAAUACGACAUAUAUACAUGUACAUGCAACAGUUUAUGUGUCAGGAUGAUAUUGAGAUAUUAGAACACUGUACAGACUGUCUCAAAACCAUUUUCAGUUUCUGUAAAAAGUGCAAUAAUGGAUUAGAUAAAGAAUUAUUAAAUCAUCCAUGGAAUCAACAUUUAAUUGAUACAUUGAUAGAAAUCAACUAUGGUCAUGGUGUUAAAGAUGCUGUAUUAGAUAUUCUUAUAUUAUUGCAGGUUGGGGAUAAUAAAGUGUGUUUAUCAGAGGAUAUAUUAACUUUAUGGUUAUAUUCGAUAUUAGAUACAACAUUAACAUCACAUAAAUCACAUCUUCUACAACAAUUACUAGCUAAGGUAAAGAAAGAAGGUGUUGAUAGUCAAUUAUUAACAGAUGUUAAACAACAUCUACUGAAUGUCAUGGAAUAAUCAUUAUAUUAUAUUAAAGACUAAGUGUUAUUUUAGGGCAAUAAAAUCAAACUAUAAUAUUCUAAGUUGAAUAGGAAUGUCAAUGCAAAAAUAUACUGCUCCUUACAGUCUGCCACCAUCUUAGUUGCCAUGAAUCAAAUUGAGGGGCUUGUUUUUAAUCUGACUAAAUCCAAGCCGGGGAUUAUCUAGUGUUGGUAUUUUGUUUUCUUAAUUACCAGUAAAUGCUAAAUGAUCAGUCUGAUUACAUAAUAGUGUGUAUUAAGCUGUGAGGAACAGAUGCAAAUUCGGCAUCGUUACUUUAAAGACAAUAAAAUACAUUAUUAUAAUCAUAUUUUUAUUACGUUUUGGAUGAUAUGAGAGUUUUUUUCUUUAAACUACCCGGUGUUACCGGUAAUUUUCCCCGUUUUGUUGAUUUAGUCAUAAAAUUAGAUUUGGGGGUUUCUAUUUUGGGGGUUUUACUUUUUGUACAAUGAACAACUGGUGACACUUCUACCUUGGUGCGCUUGCCUUGUUUAACCUGGAAAAAAAGGCAAAACAAAAUGUUACCUAAAAGAGCUGAACCCCUUUGAUUCAAAAUCAAAAUAAAGUAUUGAAUAAAGUUGAUCUGAUGUGAUAUUUCGAACAGUGAUGGGACACCUGCUACAUUAUCAAAUUUUCAUUUCAAAAGAUUAAGCAGAA